AAUUGCUGUAAUCAUUCGCGUCUCCUGACGGCUCUGAGCAUCAUGCCGGCGUCUCACGACUCUACUACGCCAGUGACAGCCAGGUCUAGUCGUUCUACUCGCUCCGCGAAUGCUACAUCGAUUCCUGAGACUCAAUCCCGGCGACAAUCAUCUGACCAGGUGACAAAGUCGAACGCUAGUUCUGGUCGUCAGACCCGAGGAAUCAUCAAACCUUCUGCGAGAUCUACUCGCAUCUCCUCUGAUCGUAUCUCUAUUGAAGAGUCUGGUCCCUCUCACUCUUCACCUCGCUCGCGAUCCAUUUUGGUGUCUGCGUCUCCUGAAGGCUCACGGAGAGCAACAACGGGCCGGACGACGACAGAUCCCAGCAGCACGUCCAUGUCGUCUGCAAGCAAGCGCUUGCCAAGGACAUACUCCCGAGCGGGCCGAAAUACAUCAGUCUACGAGGGCGAGGCUCCGAUAUCUACUGGAGAGAUAGCACAGGACAUGCUAUCGGCAUCGACAUCGGCUUUGAGUACUCCUCCAGCUCACUCUCGUCGAUCUAGCAGGAGUGAAAGAGGCUCACCUUCAUCAUCCGGAAAGUUAGUGUCUAAUUUGAGCUCAAUAACGACAUCUCAAUCCUCAAAACUGGCUCGUCGUGUCCCCGAUCGAGAUAGAACUGUCUCUUCAGAUUUCCUCAAUUUGAAAGGACCGUCCCCCGAGACGAAGCUCAAACCGAAGGACAGGUCAAAGCUGGCCAGUUCUACCAAGCAGCGAAUAACGAAUCCGAAAACACCAUUGACGAAGAAACCACGCUUAUCUCGUUUGGGUUCUGAACUUGAUCAAACCGCUACAUCAUCCACGACACCCCCCGCCAAAAAUAGGACACCAAAAUUGCAGCCCGUUGCUGGACCCAGCCGAUCUGUCCCUGAACGUCGCGUUCUGCCAGCUCGUAUUCGUCGAACUGCUGGUCGAGGAGCCGACGGCGUUCGGGAUUUGGAGGACAUGGUCUGUGAUUGGUUGGAGCGUUACGGCGAGCCUUUGGCUUCUCCGCCCGAAUCCCUCCCGAUAUACAUCACCUCUCUCAGUCUAGAUCUCGUUCGACCGCCGACAACUCAGUCACACUCCUCUAAUCCUAUUCCUCCCUCCAUUACUCUCACUCCGACCCGUGCAAAGCUUCCCGCCAGCCCGUUGAUCCCAUUUCAUAGCCCAACGAAGGGCGCACAGGAGAAGAUUGAAACUCCGACUUGGACCAUGGUCUCUCGAGGGGGCGAUGACGAAGACGAAGCUCGGGAAGAGCUCAGCGUGGGUUAUGCAAGCCCAACAAAGCGUUUGAGACAUGCAGAGUUGCUGGAGGAUACUUCUGACGCGUACUAUCAAAGCGUGCACAGAAAAUACGAGGCAUUCGAGCGACGACAAAAGGCGAGAGAGAAGGAGAAGCUCGUAUUUGAACGAUACAAGAUGCGGGCGAGGGUCGAGCAAUUGCGCAACCUAUCGGCGUACGCCUGGGCGGCCGUGAUCAGCAACGUUCUAUCUCGGUAUGGCGGGCAGACGUGCGCCAAGUCAAGGCAGAAAUUGGCCGACAAGGGACCAGAAUGGCUGAGGGCACAGCUGGUGAAGGAGGGCAAAGACGUGCUGAAACGCUAUGACCAGUUACUUCCCUCUGAUCAAAGAAAAUCCAAGCUUGGGACGACACCGACCCCGACAAUGACGCCAGGACCAAGCGUCUCACCGCCGCCCCUUAUGGUACCUGAUCGUGUGGCUGUCCUCAGAGAAUCCUCACGAGGUACAAAACGUCAAAGUCUGGACGCUGGCAAGCCCGCAAGAAGCUCAUUGCCCGGUCGACGCGUAUCGGAGCCUCCGGCCAAAGCUCCAAAGCGAUCCGAAAACGAUUCCCCAAACGGUCACCGCAGAGACCUCAGACCGAAACGUAAUUUGGUCGUCCCAAAUAUUCCUGGUCUGGACGAGGACAUCUGGGUCGUGAGCCAUCCUGAAAAAGCUCCGGCUGUGAGUCGAGAGGAGGCCUUGGAGAUGAGAGAAGUCGAAUCCGAGUGGCUCUGACAGCUGGCUGUAUGAUGUAGGGGGUAAGACUCCAUGAUGUCAGGUAUCCUGCGAAUCCAGCUCGGCUAAGCCUGUUUCUCCUUUUGAGCUUGAGAUUCCAGCAGCAUCAUGAUUGGCUUGGCUGUGAGGCUGGCCAUGCUCCCAAAUAUGGCCAAGGCUCCAAGCGUCGGUAAUAGUG